AUGGCCAAACGCCAGACCCUUUCGGCUGGCGAACUGGCCCAGAUUCCGCCGAAUAUGCUCAAUAGUCUCCCAGCACUACAACCACCCGCAGGAGUCCAGCCAAAUUUCGUCAAUCCUGAGGAUAGAGGCUAUAUACUCAAUUCUGUUGCGACUGUUCUGUUAUGCCUUAUGGUAUCUUUGUUUGCCAACAGAGUCUACACAAAGCUUUUCAUCAUUCGCAAAAUGGGUUGGGAUGACUUAUCGUGCACGAUUGGAUUUCUCGGUUCGAUUGCAAUGUAUAUUAUCAUUCUCUGGAGCACCGUAUUGGGUUCGGUUGGGAAACAUCAAUGGGAUGUCAGAUUAGUCGAAUACUUAAGCGGCAACUUUGUUACAGUGAGUUUCUCGAACUCAUGCUUCGGAGGCUCCUUUGACACUGCCCAGACUAGCGCCAUCAUAGUCUUUUUGGCCCCUCUAACGCUCCUUUUCACCAAACUCACGUUUUUUCUCCUAUACUUUCAAGUCUUUCGGCCCUUGAGGUGGCUUCGAGUGUCCGUCUAUAUCGGCGCUACUUUGACAUGCGCCUUCUACGGAGCCGCCUCUAUCGCGCAGCUUGUUUUCUCGGUACCAAGGCCCGGCCAGACGUGGCUUGAACAUGCUCUUUCCGGAGAAUUCAACAAGGCCGAUGUGCUUUCUGUCCCUCUGUCAGCCGUUGGCCUUGGAAUUGACAUUGCUCUCCUCGUCAUGCCAAUUGCAGCUGUAAUGAGGCUACAAUUGCCAACCAAGCGCAAGAUAGGUGUUUUGUUCAUUUUCAUGUUUGGGAUACUCGCUUGUGUUGGGUCGCUUCUCAGUCUCUACUACCGUGUCGUGUCAAGUCGCAGCCCUGAUCUCACCUGGAAUAUUAUGGCGGUCGAGCUAGUGACGUAA